AUGACUCUGGCAAAGUAUGCUGCGAAGUUUGAGGCGAUGGUGAAGUUUUAUUCCCAUUACAACCGUGUUGAUGCUGAGACUUCCAAAUAUAGCAGAGCCCGGUCUGCUCACUAUAAGAGUCUUAGUGAGAAGAAAGGGAAGGGACAAUUUAGAGGGAAACCUUAUGUAAAUCUAGUUGACAAUGGGAAGCAUAAGGAUCCAUAUGGGAAGAAGACAAGUGUGGGAGGGGCUCCCGCUUCUGUCAAGUGCUUCAAGUGUGGCGAGCUGGGUCACCAUUCUAAUGAAUGUAAUAAUAAGGUUCUGAGAUGUUACAAUUAUGGAAAAAUGGGUCACCAUGUUGCAGAGUGCAAGAAUGAUGGUAUAACUUGUUACGAUUGUAGUGAACUGGGUCAUAUCAGUAUGCAAUGUCAGAAGCCAAAGAAGAAGACCGCUACUACUGCCCAGAUUAAUGGUAAAGUGUUUACCUUGAGUGGUUAA